AUGAAGGUUGAUAAAAUGGCUGAAGUAUUUAAAUGUGAAGAUAAAGCUUAUGCUGCAGCUGCAAGGUUCCUAGCAGGAGGGCAUGUAAUUGCUGUACCGACAGACACUAUUUAUGGGCUGGCCUGUAGUGCUAACUGUCCACAGGCAAUCAAAAAAUUAUAUGCAAUUAAAGGAAGAGAUUCAGCUAAACCUGUGGCUAUUUGCGUUACCUACAUUGAAGAUGUACGUAAAUGGGGAAAAGCGGAGCACUUAAGUGAUGAAUUGCUCUAUAGCUUACUUCCGGGACCUGUGACAGUUGUAUUAGAGAAAUCAAGGUACUUGGAUAAUCCUUACCUAAAUCCAAAAACAACAAAAAUUGGUAUUCGUAUACCCAGAUGUUUGUUUAUGAACAAAGUUACUAAAAUAUUUGACAAACCCGUUGCCUUGACUAGUGCUAACUUCAGUAAUGAGCCUUCCACAUUGUCAGUAAAAGAGUUUGAACAUUUAUAUAGUCAUUUAGGUGCUGUAUUUGAUGGUGGAGUGUUAAGUGAAGGCUUAGAGCAGAAUAGAACGGGUUCUACAGUCAUAGAUUUGUCAAAUAGUGGCACAUAUAAAGUAAUAAGAAAAGGUGUAUCAUUUGAGAAGAUUGUUGCGACUCUAGAAAGUCAUGGAUUGAGCAGCAUAUUAUAUGAUUAG